AUGCCGAGACCCGUUCAGUAUUGGCCAGGGGAAAUCCCCACUUGCAUCCAACCACAUCCUGAACCAGAUCUAUCUUUUGACGAGAUCAAAGAGGAAGUCAAGGGCUGGCUACUCUUUGUACAGGAAAAUUGGGUGUCUGCUGCAACCGCAGGGGCUUCCGAUGAUACGGAAUAUGAGCUAAAGCACCGGCGGCACCUCGUGGAAAAGUGGGCUUCGGCUACACAGGAAUUUCGUGAUCCAGAAUGUUCCAACGGCCUUAUUUGUCUUGCCCCUGUGCACGAGGCCCAUCCUGAAAAUCGGGCGCGAUUGGUGAAAUUCGCCAUCCUGUCGUAUGACUAUGAUAUUGAGCCUGGGCAUAAUUUAGGCCAUAAAUACAUUCCGUAUGAGGCUAUUCUUAACCCAGCAACCACGACCGAUCCUGCGGUAGAGGAUUAUCUGCCCUGGCGAGAUCUUGAGACGGCAAACUUCCUAUCCAUCUAUCUCACACAGACGGGCACGGUACUCUACCUUGAGAAUGAAGGCCCGUAUAUGCUGGUUGAUGAGCUAGGCCUCGAAAGUGGGCGCCUGACAAUUGUCGAGUUUGAAGUCAAUGGGAGUGUCAGAGAUUCCGUUGAGGUCCGCCCGUUCAAUAUGAAAUGGCCGUAUAUAUACGCUUUUGUUAACUGGAAAGGUUUUGACAAUGUCAAACAUACACAUGGUGCUUAUAGACACCAGAAUACGCCACUGGACAUGGACCUACCGGUCGUGGAUAUUCUCUGUCAAGCCAAGGACGCUAACCAACUUCCAAACUCAAUGCCCCUCUGUGACCGAGAGCAGUGGACCAGCGAUGUCGAGCUUUAUGCCCCGGGCUACUUGGCUCUCGAGGCCGAAGGCCGCGCGGGAGAAUCAACCGAGAUCGAGAAAGACUUUGAAUUUACCGAGUCUUCCAAUAUACCCAAGAUGAUGUCACUUAUCUUUGUCUUUGAGUCGUACGAGGAAGCUGGGGCCGAAGAAUCGGGCACACCACCACCAAUACUCACUAAGCCGCUUGUUAUUAUGAAAGGACUUCUUCAAUCUUCUUUUGUCUGGCCCCGACAAUCCGCUUGUGUUGCACAAGUUGUUAGUGGCAGUUUGCUUGAGAGUAGUCGCCGCAGUGCCGCGUCUUCUUUCGCAUUCAAUUUCUCUUUCGUACAACAGAAAGAGAAGAACCCUUAA